AUCGAGCGUACCCGGAAAGCAUUACUUUCACUUCUACGUUUGUUGUUAACAUCUGCGUUGUCUCCAUAUAUUUACAAGAGGAAGCUGCAGUAAAUCUGUCCCGGACAUCACGCAUCUGUCCUCAGAGGUAUGAUGGUGAACUGCUGUGGUCUGCUCACCUCCCAGAAGGAACCAGUUCCUCUGAAGAGCGUGGAGGUGGAGCUGGAGGUGAGGGACCAUGUGGCUGCAGUGGUGUCCACUCUGAACUAUGAGAACAAGGAGGACAAACCACUAGAGGCUGUUUUUGUCUUCCCUCUGCCUGGAGAUGCUGCUGUCUGUCACUUCAGUGCCAAGAUUGGACAGAUACAGAUUGUAGCUGAGGUGAAGGAGAAACAGAAGGCUCGUGAGGAGUACGAUGAUGCUCUGAGCUCCGGUCAGCAGGCCUUCCUGUUGGAGGAGAGUGAGCAGAGUCCAGAUAUAUUCUCUCUGAGUGUGGGCAGUCUGCCUCCAGGAGAGAGCGCCUCCAUCAGGCUGGAGUACGUCACUGAGCUGGCUGUGCAGGCCGAUGAAGGGCUGAGGUUUAUUCUGCCUGCUGUGCUCAACCCUCGCUACCAACCACAGGGUAGUGAAGGUGGCAGUGUCCAGGUGACCUCUGUUCCAGCCUCUCUGGUGCCCUACAGUCUGUCUUUCUCCGCCCGAGUGUCCUCUCCUCGUCCAGUCUCUAAAGUAGAGUCCAACUGUCCCCUGGACCCUCUCCAGUACCUCAACACAGAGCAGAGCCAGGCCACGGUCAAGUUGGCUGCAGGACACAAGUUUGACAGAGAUGUUGAGCUGCUGAUUUAUUACAAAGAUGCCCACCAGCCCACUGCUGUGGUGGAGGCAGGACAGGCCUCUGCCAAGCCUGGCUCUCUGAUGGGGGAUCCAGUAGUGAUGCUGAGCCUGUACCCUGAGUUCCCUCAGGCUGUCAUGUCUUCACUCGCCUCAUGUGGAGAGUUUGUGUUCUUAUUGGAUCGAUCUGGCAGUAUGGAUGGGCCACGUAUAAAGAGUGCCAGGGAUACUCUGCUGCUCCUGUUGAAGAGUUUACCAAUGGGCUGCUAUUUCAACAUCUACAGUUUUGGGUCCAGCCAUGAACACAUCUUCCCUAAGAGUGUGGAGUACAGCCAGGAGACCAUGGAAGAGGCUCUGAAGAAAGUUGAAGAGAUGAAUGCUAAUCUGGGAGGAACAGAGAUCCUGAAGCCCCUAAAAGAUAUUUACAGCCAGCCCUGCAUUCCCAAUCAACCCAGACAACUAUUUGUCUUUACUGACGGUGAGGUGGGGAACACCAAAGAAGUCAUAAAUCUGGUGAAGAAGAAUUCAGGUUCCCACAGGUGCUUCUCUUUUGGGAUUGGGGAAGGGGCCAGUUCUGCUCUUAUCAAUGGGUUGGCCAAGGAAGGAGGAGGUCACGCUCAGUUCAUCACAGGGACUGACAGGAUGCAACCUAAAGUGAUGCAGUCGCUGCGUUUUGCUCUGCAACCAGCUGUGGUGGACAUCUCAGUCACGUGGGAUUUACCAAAGGGAGUCUCUGUCACUGCUCUGUCUCCACCAAUCACAGCACUUUUCCAGGGUCAAAGGUCACUGAUUUAUGGCCAGCUCACUGGACAGAGUUCAGAGGCAGCAGAGGGCUGUGUGACGGUGAAGUACAGCCUGGCAGGCCAUCCCUCUCAGAACCAGCUGCACUUCAGUCUCCAACCUGCAGAGGACACUGGACUAACAGUCCACAGGUUGGCUGCUCGGACUCUGAUUCGCUCCCUGGAGAUGGAGGAGACAGAGCGCAGAGGAGAGCAAGAUGAAGGAGUGAAGAAGAAGAAGGUGGUGGAGCUCAGUGUCCAAUCAGGAGUGAGCAGUGCCUUCACUUCCUUCAUUGCUGUCAACAAAGGCAACGGCGAGACCAUUCAAGGACCUCUGGUGCGCAGAAAUGUUCCAACACCCAUGAUGGGGUACUGUAUGAUGUCAGGUCCUCCUGUGAUGAUGAUGAAGAUGAGUAGGAUGCCAGGUCCUGCUUUCCAUUGUGCGAUGUCCCGUAGUAUGGCGAGCCCGUCUGACGAAAUGUCCUGUGAUAUGCCAGAAAUUACAUGUGCGAGAAAAGCUAAGGCUCCCAGCAGCCCAGGGUUUCUCUCUAAUAUGAAGAAGAAGCGAGUUGUCUUCAAGCGAGCCCAGUCUGAGGCUGACCAUCUGUCUCCACAGUCAGAUGGUCAGCACGUUAAUGAUGCUUCAUCUUCCUCAGCAAAUAGCUCUCCCCAGCAGCCACCCAGAGACCCUCUGCUGCAGCUGGUCUUCCUCCAGAAGGCGUCUGGCUGCUGGGUGCUGGAUCCAGCUCUGGCUGCUGCACUGGGAAAGACCAGCGAGGAGGUGGAAAAGCCCAAACCUGCAUCGGUCAAUAAAGAAGUGUGGGCCACCAUUCUGGCUCUGAUCUGGCUUCAUGGUUUCAAGAUGGACGCUCAGGAAGAGUGGGAGCUUCUGGCUAUGAAGGCUGCGUCAUGGCUCCGUGCUCAGAAUGCACCGUGUGUGACCGAGUGUGUGGACGCUGGAAACUCUCUGCUGGGUUGUAAGGUGCAGAAAGAUGUCCUGGGACUCUGAGGUUUUCAUUAAAGUGGCUUCUCUUUAAGUUUGGUGCGCAGAAGCAGAUUUGCACCAUCCUACAACCUUUACUUUAUCAACGUCGCUCCAUACUAUCUACCUAUUAAAUGAUUUAAUAAAUCUUUGUUUUCCCCUCA